AUGCUUAAUUUCAGUCACGGUCAAUUUCUUAGUAUUGUUCCCGAUCUCGUCCUUGAUCUCGUUCUCGAUUUAGUUCCCAAUCUUAUAAUUUAUCUCGGUGUCGGUGUAUAUUACAGUCUUAAACCUGUUCUCGUACUCGCUAUCGCUCUCGAUUUAAUUCUCGAUCUUCUUUUUAAUAUCGGUUUCGUCACGGUUUAUUUCUCAUUUGGUUGGCGCUCUCGAUUUCGUAUAGAACCUAGUUCUCAAUCUCGGUCACAGACUAUUUAUCUGCCUGCACCUGUUCUCGUUCUCGCUAUCACUCUCGAUUUCAUCCUUGAUCUUGUUUUUGAUCUCGGUUUUGGUCUAUAUUUCAGUCUUGUUUCCGAUCUCGUUCUUGAUCAUGCUCUCGAUAUCGUGUCCAAUCUUGUUCUUGAUAUCGUUCACGGUUUAUUUCUCAGUCCUUUUCAAUCUCGGUCUAAAUCUAUGCGUGCUCCUGUUCUCGUUCGUGAUCAUGCUCAACAUUUAGGAUUCAAUCUUGUUCAUAAUCUCUGUCUUUUUCCCUUUCUAGAUAUUAAUCUCGUUCUAGAUUUCAUUCUAAAGUUCAUACUUUAUCUCGAUCUAGGUCUAUAUUUCAAUCUUAGUCCUGUUCUUGUUCUCGCUCUCACUUACGUUUCCGUUCUUGUUCUUGAUCAUGCUCUCGUUUUCGUGUUCAAUCUUGUUCUUAAUCUCGAUCACGGACUAUGUAUCAGUCUUUUUCCCGUUCUCUUUUUUGUCCUUCACUCUCGAUUUAUCCUCGAUCUUCUUUUUGAUCUCGGUCUCGGUCUAAAUCCCAGCUUUCUUGUUCCCGUUCUCGUUCUUGAUCUCGUUCUUAAUUACAUUCUCAAGCUAAUACUUUAUCCGGAACUCGGUCUAUAUUUCAAUCUUGCUCCUCUUGUUCCCGUUCUUGUUCAUGAUCUCGUUCUUGAAUUCAUCCUCAAUCUUCUUUUUAUUCUCGCUUUCGGUGUAUAUCUCAGUAUUUUUUCUGUUCUCGUCCUUGAUCAUGCUCUCGAUUUCUCGUUUAAUCUUGUUCUUAUACUAAGAUUUAAUCUUGUUCUUAAUCUUGAUCACUGUCUAUUUCUCAGUCAUGUUCCAGAUGACGUUCUUGAUUUAGUUCUCUAUUUCAUUCUCAAUCUUAUGCGUAAUCUCGGUCUCGGUCUAUUUCUCUGUCUUAUUCCCUUCAACUUUCCAGAACUUGCCUUCGAUUUAGAUCCCAAUCUUGUUUUUAAUCUCAGUCUCGGUCUAUUUUAUAGUAUAGUUGCCGUUCUCGUUCCAGAUCACACUCUUGAUAUCGUUCCCAAUCUGUUCCUAAUCUCGGUCACGGUCUAUUUUUUCGUAAUGUCGCAAUUCUAG